CCGAAGAACUCACUCUGGUUAUUAGUUCAAAUACCAGCAUUAUUAUUUCAUUACUUAGACAAACGUUAAAACUACGCGAUUGCAAACUGAUAAUCGAUACACAAUAAAAACGGGAAAAUAUGUGUUUUAGUUUGCGCAGACCGAUCAGCCUAAUACAUCAAAGUGCGAUUCGACACCACCUCUUUUCACCGCAACAAACAAUCGCGAGAUUGCAGAACGAAACGCAGCACGAGACAUGUAAACAAACGGCAGGAUGAUAUACUGGCAUAAGUUUGAUUGUUGUACUUUAUCUUUGCUGUCUCUGAGCACUUUACAUACUCUAGGCACAAACGUCUAUUUAUGCGUAUCAUGUCAAUCUCGAUAAAGCAGCAAAGGAUACUCUGUUAUUCUGUAGUGUAUUACAAGUUUAGUAUCGGACCCGUUACGUGUUACGUGUAUGAUUGAAUAUCUGCUAAAUACUUUAUAUCACAAUGACUGUAACCAUGAAGGCCAACAGGUCCUACAAGCUCGUGGUGCACAAGAAGGGCUUUGGAGGAAGCGAUGAUGAAUUGAUGAUGAAUCCGAAGGUAUUUCCUCAUGUUAAACUGGGAGAUAUUGUUGAGAUCGCUCACCCAAAUGAUGAGUACAGUCCUCUGCUGUUGCAGGUCAAGAGCCUUAAAGAAGAUCUACAGAAAGAAACUAUCAGUGUUGAUCAGACAGUAGCUCAGGCCUUCAAACUCAGAGCUUACCAGGAUGUCAUCAUCAACAUUGUGGACCCAAAGGAUGUGACUUUGGAUCUUGUUGAGCUCACCUUUAAAGAUCAGUACAUUGGCCGAGGAGACAUGUGGAGACUGAAGAAGAGUUUAGUGAGCACUUGUGCGUAUGUGACACAGAAAGUAGAGUUUGCAGGCAUCAGGGCCCAGGCCAGUGAAUUGUGGGUAAAAGGAGAGAAGGUCACCUGUGGCUACAUUAGCGAAGACACAAGGGUUGUGUUUAGGUCAACAUCAGCGAUGGUUUACAUAUUUAUUCAGAUGAGCUGUGAGAUGUGGGACUUUGAUAUCUAUGGUGACCUUUAUUUUGAAAAAGCUGUCAAUGGUUUCCUCUCUGAUCUCUUUGCCAAAUGGAAAGAGAAAAACUGCAGCCAUGAGGUCACAGUGGUGCUGUUUUCCCGAACCUUCUAUUCCGCAAAAUCACUGGAAGAGUUCCCUGAGAUCCAAAGAGCAUCAAUCAGGCAAGACCACGAGGGACGUUACAAUGAAGAUUUUUACAGAGUGGUGGCUCAGAAUGAAAGACGUGAUGAGUGGACAUCACUGCUGGUCACCAUUAAGAAGCUGUUCAUCCAGUAUCCUGUGUUGGUGCGUCUUAAAGGAGCAGAUGGAUUCCUGUGUGGACAGAAUUCCACUGCUGCUCAGGGAAAUUAUCUCGAAGCCAUCAACUUAUCUUUCAACGUGUUUGACAAGCACUACAUCAACCGUAACUUUGAUCGGACUGGUCAGAUGUCUGUGGUCAUCACUCCAGGAGUGGGCGUGUUCGAGGUGGACCGCUUACUCAUGAUCCUUACCAAACAGCGCAUGAUUGACAACGGUAUUGGUGUAGACCUGGUCUGUAUGGGAGAGCAGCCCCUUCAUGCUGUUCCCCUUUUCAAGUUACACAAUCGCACAGUGCCUGGAGAUUCCAGAAUCGGAGACGACUAUAACCUGCCACAUUGGAUCAACCACAGCUUUUACACAUCAAAGAGCCAAAACUCUUGCAGCUGUUUUACACCCAGAAUCAAGCUGGCUGGAAAAAAGCCUCACGCUGAGAAAGCCAGAUUCAGCAGAGAACAUACACUUGGUGCUCCCAGAGAUGCUGAGAACAGUCUUCCCAUCCAGGUGGACUAUGAUGCUUACGACGCUCAGGUCUUCAGGCUUCCUGGACCCGCAAGAGCCCAGAGAUCCACCAACUUCAGGGCUUCAGAAAAGGAAGAAGUCUUUGAUCAUUUGUGUGUCAGGUCGAGUCGGGAGAGAGAGUCGGCCAGCAGGAAAAGCUGUGGCUCGGCAGAUGUGGGCGGGGGUGUAGUGGGCAGCUCUCCUCCCAUCAGACCCAUGGGACCAGAGGAACAGAGGAGCCUGGCAUCAGACGACAGCCUGGGCCGCAUCUCCAACAUCCUGCUCAUCCCACGGCCUGCUCAGGGCCAGUACGAGGUCAGCAGCUCCCUGGGAUACACCAGCUGCACAAGAGAGAUGCUGGAGAAGAUGGUGGAAUCUCAGAGGGACUCUAGUGCUCCAGGCCGUUUUACCGUGGGCAGCGCUGAAUCCACCCUGCACGUACGGCCGGGCGGUUAUACGCCUCAGAGGGCCCUCAUUAACCCUUUCGCACCAUCACGCAUGCCUAUGAAACUUACCUCUAACCGGCGACGCUGGAUGCACACGUUUCCUGUGGGUCCUUCUGGAGAGGCCAUUCAGAUCCAUCACCAGACCAGGCAGAACAUGGCAGAGAUGCAGGGCAGCGAGCAGAGAGAUCCCGCUCGAACCUCCGCAGAGCUGCUGGAAUUGGCCUAUCACGAAGCCACGGGAAGCAAGCGGACAGCAGCCCGUGACACAGGAGACAAUGGGCUGUACAUCACUGGAGGUCCUGACAAUGUCUCUUGUAGCCCAGCUAGUAGCAAUAGCACUGGAACGCCAGUGAACCGUAGCUCCUUUGAAGACUAUUCCAGCAGUUCAGAUCCAAUCCUGCUGCUGUCUGCCCCCCCGACAGUGCCUAGCUUCUGUUGUACGGUGGGGGUGGAUUGGAAGUCCCUCACCACUCCUGCGUGCCUUCCCCUCACUACCGAUUACUUUCCUGACCGCCAAACCCUGCAGAACGACUACACGGAGGGCUGCUAUGACCUGCUGCCCCACACUGACUUGGAGAGGCGUGAGGACGAGUCUCCCGUGAUGACGGCCCAUCAGGUGUUUGAAGAGUUCAUCUGUCAAAGACUGAUGCAGGGCUACCAGAUCAUCGUACAAACCAAAAGCAGGAAACCGCAGCCUGCUAUGGCCCCGCCCCUCAGCAGCAGCCCCCUCUAUUCCAGAGGACUUGUAUCUCGGCGUAAACCAGAGGAAGAGGAGAGUCUGUACUGGCUCAGUAUGGGCAGAACCUUUCAUAAAGUCUGUCUUAAAGAUAAGAUCAUUACAGUCACCCGCUACCUCCCAAAGCAUCCAUACGAAUCCACGCAGAUUCAGUACAGCUACAACCUUUGCCCUCCGCACGCAGACGCCCACUUCCUGCCUUUCUGGGUCGAGUUUAGCCACGAGCGGCUGGAGGAGUACAAGUGGAACUAUCUGGAUCAGUACAUCUGUUCUGCUGGAUCUGAGGACUUCAGUCUUAUUGAUUCUCUGAAGUUCUGGCGUACACGGUUCCUGCUACUGCCAGCGGGUGGAGCCAGGCGAGUGGCGGAUGGCGAGGGUCACUGGGACGUGUAUGGGGAGGGAGCGGGCGCGGUGCGCGAUGGUUCCUCCGGCACUGGGGACUGGUGUCUUUUGGAUGGAUUUAUUCGCUUUUUAGAAGGUCUGAACAGGAUCCGACGUCGUCACCGAUCUGAUCGAAUUAUCCGCAAAGGAGCCGCCAUAAAAAGCCUCCAGGUGACGGGAACCCUCUCAUCCUAUAACCCGGAGCCCCCUGUGGGCAAAAAAGGCACCUCCGCCCUCUCUGCACUCUUGGAGUUAGACCAGACACAGAAGAGUUUAGAAGAGCAGCAGCUUGCGGCUCAGCAUGCUGGGAAAGCAUGUGGACCUUUGAGUGAAGCUGCCAGCGUUGCCCUGACAACAACCUAUGUCGAAAGCCCCCGUAAGGACGCUGCCUUCAUUUUGGACUUUAUUCGUAGUCCACGUUCCUCCUACAUCUGUCACUCGCAGCUUCCAUCUGAACAGUUGACCGCCAAUCCCAUCGAGGGUGGCUUGCUGGACAAAGCAAGCAACCAACCUGGUGAGAGAACAGCUGCCGCCUCCCAGUCCACAGGAGACCCAACGCCGGGCACCACUUCAGAGACCGGUGGGCAGUCAGGGUCCGGUGGAUUAAGCCUGUCCUCGUCUUCCACACUAAUGGAGAUCCUGGAAGCCAUUAAACAUCCCACCACCGGAGUGCAGCUCUUACCGGAGCAGCGAGGCCUGCCGCCCAACUGCUUUGUCAGUGCCGAGGUUGUACAUUGGCUGGUCAGCACUGUGGAGAAUGUGGCUACGCAGGGCAUCGCCGUAGAAAUCAUGCAGAAGAUGCUGGAUGAUGGUCUGAUUACUCACGCCUCUGGCGAUGCCAUGCGGACGUUUGUCUAUGGCUUUUACCUUUACCGGAUUGUCGACAAAGACGCUGAAAAAGGCCCCACUGCACAGCUUCCACCAGCCGGAGCUAACGUGUGGUCUGCAGCAGCUUUGGAGGACUUCUCCCUGUUCCAGAGAAAGUGGUUUGAGGUGGCGUUUGUUCUGGAGGAACGCCGACCCUGCGACUUACCCGCCUUCUUACUUCCCUGGCUGCCCAGUCGGCCGGCCUCGUACGCAAGUAGGCAUAGCUCCUUCAGCCGCAGCUUCGGAGGACGCAGCCAGGCUGCCGCACUGCUAGCUGCCACAGUUCCUGAGCAGAAAACAGUCACCUUGGACGUUGAUGUGAACAAUCGCAGCGAUCGGACGGAAUGGUGCAGUUGCUAUUACCAUGGCAACUUCUCUCUCAAUGCUGCCUUUGAGAUCAAGCUGCACUGGAUGGCUGUCACCGCAGCCGUGCUCUUUGAAAUGGUGCAAGGCUGGCACAGAAAGGCAGCGUCUUGUGGCUUCCUGCUCGUACCCGUGUUGGAGGUGCCCUUUGCUCUGUCAUCGUUCCUGUAUGGUGAUCCUCUCCGUGCCCAGUUGUUCAUCCACCUCAACAUUCAGUGCCUACUGAAGGAGGGCAGUGAUAACUUGUUUGAGGGGUUUGAGCCGGAGACAUACUGGGAUAGAAUGCAGUUGUUUCAGGAGGCCAUACUAUACAGAUUUGGCUUUGUUCAAGACAAGUUCUCAGCGUCAGCUUUCAACUUUCCAUCGGAGAACAAGCCACAAUACAUCCAUGUAACAGGUACAGUUUUUCUUCAGCUGCCCUACUCAAAAAGGAAAUACUCAAGCGGACAGCGCAGACGCCGUAACUCCACUACCUCGGCCAAUCAGAGCCUGUUUGGCUCUGAGGAUCGGGUGGGCUACAACUGGGCCUACAAUACCAUGCUGACCAAAGCCUGGAGGACUGGCGUGCUGGGGGACGAGAAACUGGCGGACCGCCUGCUACGAGAUUUCACAGACUUUUGUGCCAACAAGGAUAAUCGACUGGUGACCUUCUGGGAAAGCUGCGUGGAGAAAAUGAACGCCAGUGCCCCCUGAGGACACUGUGUGAGAGAAACAGCGCGCCUCUGCAUCAAGAGCUAAUGUACUGCUGCUAGCAUCUAAUCAGAGAUAAAUAAAGCCAAUCGCCUCAUCCUCCAACACUGAGAGAGAUGAGUCAUAUUGUAUGUUUACAGUGUUAACAUGCACCUUUUGGUCCUGAAGCCAUCACAGUUUUUGUUUGGGUUUGAAUGGUAGGUCACACAUAACAUGUACUGCACAGAAAAAUAAUAAUUUGCAAAUGGACCCGUUGGUAACCUGUGCCCUAAACAUCACUGUAAAAAUGGCUUUAGAGUGUAAAAGGUAAUGGGACAGAUUCAGAAACUACAGAUUGUGUCAACAUAAAAAAUUACAUCAACAAACAAUUAAACAGCUUACAAUGCUAUUAAACAGCUUUUACGAUGAUCAACCGUACCUGAAAGCAACCAGUCAAUAGCAUUUAGUUCAACUAAAAGCUGAAGUGCAGAAAAAUGUCAUAAAAAACGCUGAUUCAUUUUGGUGGAAGUGAGAGUUUAGAGAGUUUAAGACUUUAGGACUUGCAUACUGUGGAACCAUCAAUUAUUCACACCACAUUCGCUAAUAAAUGUGUAUAAAUUCAUACUGACACCUGUAUUUGGUCCAAUGUUAAUUCAUGUUAUUACCUUCACAUUAAUUCAUUUACAUAUUGAUUGUGGUCAUAAUAGAGGGGAUAUUAAGUGGUAGAAUCGUUGGUCUGUUCACUUGUUACUGUUUGCAAUCGCUAGUAGCAAAUAAGGUUGUUCAUAUUACAGUUGACUUUGAUAAGCAUUUGAUGUCAUUGUAUUCACUGCAUAACUUAAAGUUAAUAUCCAUUUGAUGUAUGGGCACAUAUUGUUCGGUGUUCAGGACGUGGGCUUAGCAAAAGGUCAAUUAAAGGGACAGUUCACCCAAAAAGAAAAAUUCGGUC